GAAUGAAGCUUCGUGUCCCUCGGUUCAAGGGUCACACGUUAUGGUAACCAAGCUAGCUCAGACAAAAAUAAACCUUUUUCAUAACCUGGUGAACCGCUGUUGUGUUGUCAGUUAUAGGAAAAAACUGGAGGUACCUGGGAUCAUGUUGCAGGAGGGUACAGUUCACAGAUGGCGGAUGCUGAAUUUGUUGCUUCUCAUCUCCUGCCUUCUCUCUGCCAGUGGUCAAGACCCUGCUCACCCAGAUGUGGUGAGAGAGGGGCAUCGGCCCAAUAUCAGGCUGGACAGGGAAAUGGUGCAGGACAGAGAUCACAUUAUGGAGCAUUUAGACGGUGUUAUUGACAAGCCUGAGUCGGACAUGUCGCCCCAAGAGCUGCAGCUGCACUACUUUAAAAUGCACGACUACGAUGGCAACGACCUGCUGGACGGCUUGGAGCUGGCCACUGCUAUAACCCAUGUACACAGAGAGGAAGGAGGAGAAAAUAGCCAUCAAAUGAAUGAAGAGGAUCUCAUUAGUUUAAUAGAUGACGUGCUGAGAGAUGAUGACAAGAACAACGAUGGAUAUAUUGAUUAUGCAGAGUUUGCUAAGUCGUUGGCGUGAAAAAAAAUACCUACAAAUAAAAUGGUUUAGCCUUUUACCUAUUUCAAGCAGGAACUACUUCACAGUCACACCAGCAUUCACAUUCUCCAAAUCUCCAAAUCAAUAACACAACCAAAAUAUUUGAAAUUAAAAAAUAUUUUAGUCUGGAGCUGAGCAUUACAGUAUCGUUAUAUAUGUAUACUUGGUUUCACAGACUCCAAUUUGCACUAAUCUUGGACUUCCUAAUGUUACCGUAGGUAAACCAAGAUCUUUGCUAUUCAGGGUCUGUGAAACCAACCUUCAGUAUAUUUAAGGUGAUGACAAAGGCAGUUUUCUAAUAAUAGAGUAUUUGAGAUUCAGAGGCUCCAAUAUACUGUAUUAGUUUAUUCUAAUAAUUGGAGGUUCUUAUGAAUUGAGUGUUGGCACAUACGCUGCUAUGUUAGGGUAGUAGCACAAUAUAUUAAUUAAAAAAAAAACAGCAUAUUCCUCAUCUUGUUUUAGAUUAUAAAUAUGAUGAGAAAGUUGUUAAUCUGUUAAGGAAUUCUCAGACUUCUAGGUCUUAAAUGUCCUGCUGGUCUUUACUCUAAGUUAAGAAUCAUUUUGUCAGAAGGACAAGGCAAAAUCAAGAAAGGGUAGUUUGAUGUUGAUGAAUCUGGGCAGGUUUGUCAAAACCGUUUGGGUGGAAAAUGAGAAUUGAAUCGGUGGUCCUAGUUGAAGUUUUCCUUUGGGGGGUCCCAGGCCCAGGCCCAGUUUAUCACUAGCACACCUAGUAAAUGAAUUCCAUAGUGCAGCAUUAAUCAGAUGACCCGUCUGUCACACUUUCUCUUGUCCUUGAAAUCAAACAGGAGGACGGUGAUUCUGUGGCAUUGGUACACAUGGCUGUGUGUUUGAAUACUGCCCAGGUUUUUAUACGUGUUUGAUAAAGCCAUAUUGACAGUUGAAACCAUUUGUAUACUUAAUUGUAAAAUAGUUAGGUUUUUUUUGUUUUUUUUUGUUUUUGUUUUUAAACAAUACACUGUGUUUGUAAAAAAAUAACAUUAAUAGUAAGCUCUGUCAAGUAUUUUAAAAUAUUCAUUUGGGGGAUUUGAUCCAGAAUGUUAAAUAUACCCUCCAUACUGUGACUUUAUUUUGAUACUGUGACAAAUCUGUACAGUUAGUCAUAUGUUAUAUAAGCAUAAAUAUAACUUGUGUGUGUGUAUAUAUAUAUAUAUAUAUAUAUAUAUAUAUAUAUAUAUAUAUAUAUAUAUAUAUAUAUAACUGUCCCUCUGUUUUUUGCCUUUUAUUAAAUAUUCCUAUUUUAAUAUAUAAACAAACACUUACUUCCUCACUAAGGGUGUUUGGUAAUUUCCACAGUGUUACGGAAAACCUCAGUUCCGUGGUCGAGAGGGAAGCUUAUGUCACAAGUGCCACAUUUUGUCACAAUACAAUGAAAGGUUUCAGUGAUUUAGUUUUAGUUUCUAGCAGAUAAGUUUGGUGAGGGACUGUUGGUGGGAGAAAUAGCCACAUUGCCUGUCCUAAAUACAACACAUUGGGCCCUAUUCCCAAAGCUUCAGCUCAUGAACUAUUUAAAGAAUGUUCUUCCUGUUUUGUUUUGAUAGAUUUAAAAAAAAAAAAAAAACUAUUGUUAUUCACAACAUUGCUGUAUAGUAUAUUAAAGAAACACAGUUGAUGUGAAUGUUCUUCAAAACAGGCUUUAAAAGAAAACAAAGAAGACCAUGUUUAACUUCUGAGUUAAAUCUUUGGAAAUCACUAGGUCUCUGCUGCCUUCCAUUACACAGACUGUUCUGUACAGUUCAUACGAAUAAGAUUCUAACGUGGUGCUUUAUGACACCUGGUGGCACAAUUGGGCAACUGCGCUAUUAUCUUUAACGCAAAUUCAAAAAAAUAAAUGCAUGUGUGCAUCUUUCAAAUUGUAAAGUAUAAAAUACACACCAACAUCGAAAAUAUAUUCAGCAGAAGAAAAGGGAAACAAAUUAUAGUUCUAACUAGUUGUAAUAAGCAGCAACGAAAACGGAUUUUAAAACUUUGAUUAGAGCAAAAUCUACAUCGUCUUCUUCAUCCAUUUAUGGCACUACAUACUUUGGACUGCAGUACAAAUAUCCUAAGUCCGGCCCAGUGGUUUUGACUUUUAAGUGUGAUCCAUCUGUUUUGUAAUAAUGUAAUGCUUUACUUGCUAUGUUCUGGUAUAAUAAUUUAAUCCAGUCUAAUUAAACUAGAAAACAAGUU